CCAGUAAACUUUCCGUCUCACGUCCUCACGGCACAACACCGCACGGCAUCUCCGACAUUCACCCUACCUCGGGAUACUAUUAUCACUCGGGAUUCGCCAUACUCCCCCUCCACCUCGUCUCACCUCAUCUCCUGCUACUCCUUUCCGCCCCUCCCCAUCGCCCUCGUCUCGGGAGCAGGUAGCCAGCCCUCCCCUCCCUCGGACCACUCGCCGUCCUCUCUCCUCGGUCGUAGCCGCGCACCUCGCUAUCCAACCCUCGCCAUACCGGCCUCCCCUUAACCGCCUCGAUGGAGUACCAGCCCAGCCAGGCAACCCGCAUGGGGCCCUCCGCCGCCGCCGCCGGGCCGAGCAGCCCGCCGCCCGGCGCCUUCCAGGCCAGGUCCGCAGCCCUCCCGACGCGCCACCGCACCGACCCGAGCAGCAGCGGCAGCGGCGCCGGGAUCCGGCUCGUGGAGGACCCGUCGCCGCCGCGGCUGCGCGCCGCCGACGGCGUGAAGCCGGCGCUGCUGCGCGGCGCGUCGGCCACGACGUCCUCUCCGCGCGCCGCCUGCGGCCGCUCGCUCGCCGCCUACGCCGAGCUGCAGCGCCAGCGCUACGGCGGCGCCGCCGCCGCCGACCCCCGCCUGCGCGCGCAGCAGGACGUCGCGCUCGCCGACCUGCGCGUGCUGCGCGACGAGCUCGACGCGCGGCUGCGCGCCGCCGAGGGCAAGCGCUGGCGGCGCUGGGCGCUCGGCGGGCUCGGCGCGGCCAUCAUCCCGCUCGUGCGCCGCCUCUUCCGGCGGCCCCGGCAGCCGCAGCACCAAGCGCACCAAGCGCCGCGCGCGAACGCGACGGAGCACGCGUUCGCGCGCAGCCGGGCGGUGGCGGCGCGGGUGCGCGCGUGGCUGCGGGCGCGCGCGGGCUGGUCGUGGACGGGGUCGCGGCUGCGCGGGCUGUGGCGGCUGGUGGGGCGCGGGGCGGCGGCGGCGGCCGCCGCCGCCGCCUUCGUGCUCGCCGCGCUGUACGUCUUCCAGGGCGAGGUCGCGCUGCGCGUCGCGCGCACCGUCUCCCGCCGCCUGCGCCGCCUCGCCGCCCGCGUCGAGCGCGGCGAGCAGGACGUCGGCCCCGACGACCUCGCCGUGCUCGAGGGCUGGCGCUGGCGCGUGCUGAGUAUGUAGGUGUGUGUUGAGUAAG